AUGCUGGUGACCCUGAUGCUCUACCACGGUCUUAUCCCCGCCAUCUUCCGACAGCUUUCCUUUCUCUUGCACCUCCAGCCUCUCAAAUUCCUCAGUCCAUGGCAGUUUCGCGACGGUGUCUGGGGAGCAUCAAUGCCCAAACUGCUUAAGAUGUCUGACGAGGCGCAUCACGAUGCGAAGAAAUGGCUGCUCACUACUGCCAAGGGCAAGGUCCUCGAAGUAGGCGCUGGCAGUGGGGAGACGAUCAAGUAUUACGACGAGGCAGCCAUUGACCACCUGUACGCACUCGAGCCAUUCGAGCCUGCCGUUCCACAUCUUGUACGCUCCAUCGCGGCGAGAGGCAAGGCCUUCGAGCGGAAGAGCACCGUAAUCGCGCACGGCAUCCAGGACGAUGCUGCACUUGCACGUCACGGAAUCAAGCCGGGCAGCCUCGACGCCUUGGUACUCGUGCAAUGCCUCUGCUCUAUCCCUGGUGGACCUGAAGCGCACCUCGCACGCUGUGUCGAGCUCGUCAAGCCAGGAGGGGUAGUGCUCAUGAUGGAGCAUACGGCGCAGCUUCACGACCCGAUCGCGGCCGGCGUGCAACGCAUCCUUAACCCUGCAUGGCGAUUCAUGGCCAACGGCUGUGAGAUGACGCGCGACUCUCUCGGCGUGCUGAUGAGGCUGGACUGCUGGGAGAGCGUGGAGGUUCAGCGAGUCAAGGGACAGACUGCCUCGGCCUUGUUACCGCAGGUGUAUGUGCGGGCUACCAAGGCUGGAGGACAACGAGCAGGCAAGAGGUAG